AUGUGAAUAGAAGGUUAAUUAGAAGUGUUAGUAUCAUUAGUUGUGGACAAAUAAUUUGGCAACUACUAUAGUGUGACAAUAACAAUAAUAACAUGAGUGGAGAGAGCACAAAACCGUACAUAGUGAAGAAAUGCAUUGCUCUUUUGCUUUCAUGUGCUUCCUCUACUUACAAAUUCAAGCAAGUUCAUGCAUUUUCCAUCAGGCGCCGCAUCCCUUUAUCAAGCCCAGAAAUGGGCAAAUACUUGAUUUUCACUCUAGUUUCUCUUUCAGGUCCAAUGUGUUAUGCUAAAAAAAUCUUUAAUCAAAUUCAAUUUCCUAAUAUAUUCACUUGGAAUACAAUGAUUAGAGGUUAUGCUGAGAGUGAAAAUCCAUAUCCAGCAAUUGAAAUACAUAACCAAAUGUGUGUUAAUUAUGUUGCCCCUGACACACAUACAUACCCUUUUCUUCUAAAAGCUAUUGCCAAGGUGAUUGAUGUUAGGGAAGGAGAAAAGGUGCAUUGCAUUGCAAUUAGAAAUGGGUUUGAAUCGUUGGUGUUUGUUCAGAAUUCUUUGGUUCAUUUUUAUGGAGCAAUUAGUCAAGCUGAAAAAGCACAUAAGGUGUUUGAGGAAAUGUCUGACAAGAAUCUUGUGGCAUGGAAUUCAGUGAUUAAUGGGUAUGCUUUGAAUAGUCGACCUAAUGAGACGUUGACCCUUUUUAGGAAAAUGGUUGUGGAAGGUGCUAGGCCUGAUGGGUUUACUUUGGUCAGUUUGUUGACUGCUUCAGCUGAGCUUGGUGCGUUAGCGUUGGGUAGAAGGGCACAUGUGUAUAUGUUGAAGGUGGGAUUGGAUAAGAAUUUACAUGCUGCAAAUGCACUUUUGGAUCUUUAUGCUAAAUGUGGGAAUGUGAAAGAGGCAGAGCAAGUUUUUCAUGAGUUGGAGGAGGAUAGUGUAGUGUCUUGGACAUCUUUAAUUGUAGGUUUGGCUGUCAAUGGUUUUGGUGAGAAAGCACUUGAGCUUUUCGAGGAAAUGGAAAGAAAAGGAUUUGUGCCUACUGAGAUCACAUUCGUCGGGGUCUUGUAUGCCUGUAGCCAUUGUGGUUUGGUGGACAAAGGGUUUGCUUACUUCGAAAGGAUGCAAAAAAUGUUUGGAAUUAAGCCGAAAAUUGAGCAUUAUGGCUGCAUGGUUGAUUUGUUAGGAAGGGCUGGUUUAGUCAAAAAGGCAUACAAGUAUAUUAAAGACAUGCCAUUGCAACCCAAUGCUGUGAUUUGGCGAACAUUACUUGGUGCCUGCUCAAUACAUGGUCAUUUAGCUCUGGCAGAGAUGACUAGAAAUCACCUUAAGCUGUUAGAACCUAAUCAUUCUGGGGAUUAUGUGCUCCUUUCAAACCUUUAUGCAGCCGAGAGGCGUUGGUCAGAUGUGCAUCAACUAAGGACCACUAUGCUUAAAGAAGGGGUGAAAAAAGUCCCAGGGCAUAGCCUUGUUGAGUUAGGAAAUCGGGUGCAUGAAUUUGUUAUGGGAGAUAGGUCCCAUCCUAAAAAUGAGGCUAUAUAUGCUAUGCUUGGAGAAAUGACUAGAUUACUGAGAUUGGAAGGUUAUGUCCCUCAUACAUCAAAUGUGCUUGCUGAUAUAGAGGAAGAGGAGAAGGAGACUGCUUUGGCUUACCAUAGUGAAAAAAUUGCAAUUGCAUUCAUGUUGAUUAGUACACCGCCUGGGACCCCUAUUAGAAUUGUGAAGAACUUAAGGGUCUGUGCUGAUUGCCACCUUGCCAUUAAACUAAUAUCUAAGGUUUUUGAUCGCGAGAUAGUGGUUAGAGAUCGUAGCCGGUUUCACCAUUUUACCAAUGGAUCUUGCUCUUGUAAAGAUUAUUGGUAGGACAUAAUUGUGGAAUUCGAACUGGACUUUGCAUAAGUUGCUUAAAUUAAAGCAUAGCCUUCUGAAAAAACAAGAUGGUGGAGAACAAGAUCUGACAACAUCUACGUUCUGUGCUCGAGGAAAGGUUACGGAGAGCAAGAUAUGAAUUUCUAGGUCAUUGCUUGGUGGACAGAUAUGUAAACUCUAUACGUUCUGAAGAAAAAUUCCUCAACUCCCUUCUACAGUGUUUUGGGUAUCAUAUCAAGAGAUCGUCCUGGGCUCUAUAUAAGUCACAAAAAAGGGAAGGUGUUUUCUGAUCCUAAGCAAAUGGGAUUCAUUCACUUUUCACUAAGCCUUUAAUAACAUCAGAUGAUUGCGCAUUCUUUUCAGCUAGUAUGGAUAUAUACUCAGUAUUCUUGCAUAAUCUGCUAGAUUUUAGAUGUUAAUACCCAAUUGACAGCUAUGUUCCAUGUUACAGCAGGUAUAAAUCAAGUAUCUAAGAGUUCUUCCGAAUUCCUUUCAUAACCUGUUGAUACACAUUCCAUUUCUAGUUGACAAUGACCUACAUGGGUUCUCAAACUUUUAUGCUCAAAAUAAAUAAAUAUCUUUUUAGGUGUCUUCUAGGCCCAACAUGCUCCCACAACAACAAGAUGCAUGGUCGGGACACACAGCCCUGGAGCUGAAGUAUCCAGAUCUUUUAGGUUAGUGGAAGCAGUUGAAGCAACUGUUGCCCAGUGUAGAUCAGGAAGUGAGUGGAUUGGGAAUUUUAGAAUAAACUGCUUUGAUUGGGAAGUAACAAGCAUGUCCAUGGAAAAUGAUCUGGAAUGGGUUGCUUCAGUUGGUUGUUGAAGCAUGAUGGCAUGUUUGACUAGUGGUGGCAUAGUUCCAGAAACCAGACAAAGAUCAAUCAUGGGGUGGACUAAAUUGCCUGGAGGACUUCUGUAUUGCAUAGAGAAUCACUUACACUGUUCACCAGGAGAAGUCCUCCAUGCCUGAAGUCUUUGUUAGCCAUCAAUAAUGAUUCGAUCAAAAUUGCCAAUCCUGGCCAACCUUCUGUUCUGCUACAAAGUUUCUUCAUUCCUAUGAUAAUGAAUUUCAUGGCUUAAGUGCGGUUUUGUCCAAAGAUAAAAUAGAAACUUUGAAGAAGUCUCGGAUCUCCAGCCUUCAUUUCAGCUCAUAAUUAAUGACAGGUCUAUUGAACUACAAAACUACCCAAACUUCUGAGGUCUUUGACCCAGGUAUGAUCAAUGGUAAAGUUGAUUCAGGCUUCUGGCCAGAUGUGCUAUUUAGCUAUAAGGAUGAUGGUAUGCCUGAAAUCCCAAAAAAGAUGGAAGGGAAUUGAAGUUUAGCCAAAAAAUCAUUUUUUUUUAUCCAUUGUUUGCCUCACCUUUAGUAUUUUUAAUCGGUUUUUAGUACAAAUUAUAGGGUAUUGUUGUACUUAAUAUUGUGUGUUUAGGGCCGUUUCGUAGAGUGCAUAAGAAUAGUACUUAAUAAGGUGUAUUAGUAUUUAGUAAUGCCGAAAUUAGUAUUGCUGGGCUUGUUUCUUAUACAAUAUUUGGUUUGAUAUGUUAAAAAUAAUAUGUAUUCCUAUAUUUAGUUAAAAAUAUUGUUU